AACGACUACUCAAUGCUUACGAGUGAGAGGGUAAAUAGAUCCCUAAUGUCAUGAGCAAAAGAGAAAAAAGACAUGAAGAGAGUGGGGGUGAGCAUUCGUAGUGCCUGUUGGUGCCCGUAGGAAGGCCUGGGUGGCUUGCUGAUGUGGAAGCUACACUACUCUGAAAGAUCCUUGUCUAUUGUGUCCGCAAAUCCACUCUGAUUUCAUUCCAUUUCUCCAUUUUUUAUUUCGUCUGAACCUUUGGGUGACAAUCACAUCACGAGGGAAUUGUGAUACUGCAGUGGGGAAUUUAUUUCAAUUGCUGCCAGUAUUUACCGCACUCGGAGUGACAUCUCAGUCAUUAGAAAUGCUGAGGACGGUUGUGGUGAGCCUCCUGGUGGUCCUGGCCGUUGCCCAUGGGAUCCCCAAGCCCGAGGACGAGGCGAAACAUCGAGUUCUCGAUCAGGAUCUGAGUGACCAAGAGCACUUCGUAAAAUCCCAUCACAACCCCGAAUACGAUCAUGAGGCGUUCCUCGGUGAAGAAGCAAAGACAUUCAACCAGUUAUCCCCGGAGGAGAGCACCAGACGUCUCGGGAUCAUCGUCGACAAAAUUGACAAGGAUAAAGAUGGCUUCGUCACCAAGGAGGAGCUCAAAGACUGGAUCAGGUACACGCAGCUGAGGUACAUCAGGGACGACGUGGAGCGUCAGUGGAAGUCCCACAAUCCCGAGGAAAAUGAUACUAUUUCCUGGACGAAGUACAAGAAACUGGUGUACGAGUUCAUGGACGAUAGCGACUUCGAGGCGAAGGAGAACGAUGAGAAUUGGUCGUACGUUGUGAUGCUCAAGAGGGACAGGAGAAGAUGGUCUGUUGCUGAUCAAGAUGGUGAUGAUGCACUUACGAAGGAGGAGUUCACUGCUUUCUUGCAUCCGGAGGAGACUGAUCAUAUGAAGGAUGUUGUUGUGGAGGAGACACUUGAGGAUAUUGACAAGGAUGGGGAUGGAAAAAUUUCACUUGCUGAAUAUAUUGGUGACAUGUACAGAGGGUCUGACGAUGACGAAGAGCCCGAGUGGGUGAAAAAUGAAAAAGAACAGUUCACUGGAUUCAGGGAUAAAGAUAAGGAUGGGUUCAUGGACUCUGAAGAGGUAAAAAAUUGGAUAAUCCCGGAAGACUUCGACCACGCAGAGGCAGAGGCUCUUCACUUGAUCUACGAAGCAGACCAAGACGCCGACCAAAAACUAACAAAAGACGAAAUUCUCGAGAAAUACGAUGUCUUCGUCGGUUCUCAGGCAACCGACUUUGGCGAGGCCCUGACAAGGCACGAUGAGUUCUAAAAAUCCAAAAAUCUGCACCCAAUCACUAGAAGAAUCUAUUCGUCUGGUGAUACAGGUCAUCUGAUACAGCUUCACAAGCGAAUGACAACUACGCAAAUCGUGGAAAGCAUUAUUAACUCUAGUGAUACUCCUCUAGUUGUACGAUCGAAAUUUUUAUAUUUAUAUGAGAAAUUGUAUUUUUAUCACUUCGUACUUCAGUCAUCGCCACCCCCGAGAAUCCACGUGGAAGAUGUUUUAAGAUCGUUUCAACAUGAUCCGAACAUUAAAAUCAUCUAUUUGUGUCGAUGAUUCAUCCAACAACGAAUAAAGACAAUUUUUUAAAAA